AUGGCGCGGUUUGGGACCAACGAUAGAGACUAUGCCGGGGAGAACGGCUUCGGAUCUUCACCGAAGUUUUGGAAGAUCAUGGGAGCUGUUUGGGCGGUUCGCACUGAUAAUGUGCCCCUGCUGCACUAUCAUGUCGAAGCGCUUGUCGGUUAUAUUCGUGACGAAGUUGAGCCCCGCUUGCGCAAGGCAUUGGCAGGAGUUCCUUCUGGAGGUGUUGUCGUUGGUCGAGAACACGUCCUCGAUUCCAUUACCCGCGCCGACUUUUCCAAAUAUUUCGACACUUUCAAGGCUGCCAAAUCGUUCCAGGACAUUGGCUGGGCGGCGGUGCCGUCUCCGUACGAGAUGCCGAAACAUGCCAUCCAAAGCCGGAUGAAGUUGAUGGAGGAAAAAUGGGAGAGGCAGAAGGCAGCAGGCUGGAAACAACAGAGUGACGUUGAACCUGUUCGAAGACCUGGAGAAAUUGUGCUCAGCAAAAUAGGGCUUUUAGCUAGUGAUGGACAUGAUGACGGGCGCGGUGAAGACGCACAACACAAUUCGAAAUGUGAUGCAUGGAAGGAAGCUCUCAAUGGGGUAAAUUUCUGA